AUGCUCCUGGUAUUGGAGUCGGCUGCUAAAGACCCUGUCCGUCGAUACGGGACAUUGUUGCAUACUGUACACUCGCCCAAUUCACAGCUUAUAUGGCGUCAAGUCACUCAUAUUGUAGUGAAUAGAAAUACUGGCAAAACGGAAUACGAAAGAGUUUUACAGAGAACUCGAUGUUUUAUGCAACACCGAAAAGUUCCUAAAUCAACCCAGCUAAAAGUGCAACGAUUUUAUGAUUACGUCUGGUCAAGUGGUCAGUUUCAUAUUCUGGACGAAUCAGAGGUACUACGGUUACUGCCAACUGAAAUGAAAACAGAACUCGCCUUGAAGGGUAACUUAAUUGCGCUGGAAAAGGUGUCCUUGUUUCAAGGAUGCGAUUCGGGAUUACUUCGGGAUUUGGUAUUGAAGUUGAAACACCAGAUGUAUUCACCGGGUGAUUACGUGUGCAGAUCUGGUGACUUAGGCAGAGAAAUGUUUAUAGUUAGCACGGGGAAGCUUCAAGUAAUAAGUUCUUCCGAGGAGGAAAUACGAACAAUAGGGGAAGGUGCAAUAUUUGGUGAAAUCAGUGUUCUCAAUCUAAAUCGAGGCAGUCGUCGUACAACUGACGUCAUCUCUAAGGGAUACAGCGAGCUAUUUAUUCUCACUAAUACAGAUGUUCUGGACACUUUGCAAAAUUAUCCGAGAGCUAGAGAUAUAAUUUCUCAGCAAAGUCGCAGGCGACUCCAGGAGCAGUUAAACCGAGUUCGUUCAUUUGAUGGGAGUGAUGCUGGAUUUCCAAGUAGACGGGGUAGCUCGAGGGUUUACAGAGACCCGUUCCCAGGUCGUAGCAGGAAAUCGUCUGCAAGGCUUAGGAAAAUCAGUCGCACUAGUAGCAAUCAAAGUCGGGACAGUGGCUUCAUGUCGACGUCGGGUCAUAGUACACUGUCAUCUGCACCGAGUGGGAGAAUUAGCAUGUCGCCCAUGGUAGAGGAAGUGACGACAGACAUGACAGAGAGACUCCAAAACAUAUAUGAACAAAACACCAGAGCACUGAAGUCAUCGCUAGAGCACGUGUUGGAUCACGAGGUGAAAUAUCUUCGGCAACGUUUACAUGACACAGAGAUGGAACGUGAUUGCAAACAAAGGGAGAUAUCACAGUUAAAGAAUCAGAUCGGCAAAUUAAGACAUCCAGACCGUGACCACGUUAGCGAUGAAAAACACGAAACCAAUACCGGGGAAGAUUAA